AUGGUCAACGAUAUAUUCAAGAAGAAAAUGGUAAUUACGCCUGAACAGGAAUUCAAAUUCCAGACUGUAAGAAACUGUUCAAUAUGUGGUAACGAUCUUGGUGAGGAUAGGGUAAGGGACCAUGACCAUGUAACUGGAAUGUACCGUGGAGCUGCUCACAACAUAUGUAAUCUGAAGUACAGAAUUACAUGGAAAGUGCCAGUGGUCUUCCAUAAUCUGAGAGGUUACGAUAGCCAUCUGAUUAUGCAGGAAAUUGGUAGGUUUAAGAUGGACGUCAAUGUGAUCCCAAAUAAUAUGGAAAAAUACAUCUCAUUCUCACUGGGUAAAAAUCUAGUCUUCAUAGACUCUAUACAUUUCAUGGCUUCUUCACUGGAAGCACUGGUAAGUAACCUUUUACCUGAGGACUUUAGGAUAGUAGGAAGGAGGUGGAAGGGUGAGGACUUCAAACUAGUAACACAAAAAGGAGUGUUUCCAUAUGAGUUCCUAGAUGAUAUUAGCAAACUUGACGCAAAAGGUCUUCCGAGCAGGGAGGAGUUUUACUCAUCACUAUACGAGUCAGAGGUGAAGGAGGAAGACUAUCAUAGAGCUCAGAAAGUAUGGAAUCACUUUGGGAUGAAAACCAUGAGAGACUACCAUUAUCUCUACUUGGAGACUGACGUUCUUCUGCUGGCCGAUGUGUUCGAGAACUUAAGGAGAACAUGUCUGGAAAGUUACGAACUUGACCCCGCACAUUACAUGUCAGCACCUAGUCUGAGUUGGGACGCUUUCCUGAAAAAGUCAGGUGAAAAAAUAGAACUAGUAAGUGAUAUGGAUAUGUUCCAGUUCUUCGAGAAAG